GGGUGGAAAAAUCGUCACCAUUUUUUCUCGGUUCCGUCAAUCAGUACAAUACUCCCUGCAUUAUUUUGGUCUAGCUUUUCUUGCUCCAGCUGCUAGGUCUUUCACGAUGCGGGACAGACCGGCGAUCCGACGGCUAUCAGAGGAUCUUCUCUCCAAGAUCCUCCAUCUGGCCGGCGAAUCCGGCAGCUUUUUCCAGCACGCUCUCGUCUGCAAGGAAUGGCAUCGCAUCGCUUGUCGCGUUCAGGACCACAUCAGCCUACGCGAAAACCAUCGCAUGCGUCCUCGUCAAUUUAUCUCCGAGCUCUCGCAAUUCCCAGGCCUCAGAUACCUCGUCCUUCCUUCCGGUAGCCUCACCUCCAUCCCGGACUUCCUCCUCUCUCGCGUAGCCGACAUGUGUCCAGAUCUGAUAAAUCUUCACAUUGAAUCAACGGAUCAGAUCUACCGGCGCGGGGGUUUCACCGAGGAAGGCCUCUCCUUGCUUUUUGAGGGGUGUGUACGGCUAGAGGAUCUUCAUCUCGAUUGCCCUCCCCGUCUCACCUCCAUCCCGUCUUCCAUCGGCGCGCUCCUCUGGCUCAGGGAUCUGCAUCUCGCUGCGAGCAACGUCGCUCAUCUCCCCGAUGCAGUCACCUCGUUACAGUCACUCGAAAACAUCGAGCUGCACAUGGACAGCUUGGAAGAUCUACCGUCAGAUUUCGGCAAUCUAAUCCAUCUAGAAUCGCUGCGGCUGGAGGGUUGCCGGUUUCUUACUUCCCUCCCGGAAUCUCUUGGGUUACUUACCAAUCUAGACCAUCUCUACAUCAGCGGCUGCAGCAUGCUUCAGCUUCCAGUUUCUCUCUGCAAUCUCUUAUCUUUGGUGGUCCUCGAGAUUCACAAAUGCCAAGAUCUUUCCCCGCUGCCCGCAAACCUCGGGCAGCUGCAGUCGCUCGAGAUUUUACUUCUGGACGAGGUGAUGGGGCUCACAGAUCUGCCAGAGUCUCUCGGGAAGCUGCAGCGGCUGAGGCUACUCCAACUGAUUGGCUGCUUCGGAAUUUUGUCUCUGCCCAGAUCCCUUCCCCGUGUAUCAUCCCUGACGGGCCUCAACCUGGUUGUCCCGACUCUUUCAGUGCUGCCCGAUGACAUCGGGCAGUUAACAAAUCUUCGGAGCCUCAUGCUGGACGCGCAGAGCCUCACAAGCCUCCCGGAUUCCAUCUGUCUGGCCACCGCGCUUCAAGAGCUUGCCAUUGACGGCCUCCGAACUGUAUCCUCUCUGCCCGAAGAAUUUGGGCAGCUGACUGCCCUGGAAACCCUCCGCCUGGCCAGCCUUCCACGACUCACCCACCUGCCCGAGUCUAUUGGAAACCUGACAAAUCUGCAGGAGCUGAAAGUUGUCAAGUGUGCCCGCCUGCAGCAGCUGCCCGAUUCUCUAUCCAGUCUAUCUGCCCUCGAAAAGCUGAAUCUAAGCGAUAACCAAAGGCUGACGGCUCUACCAGACGGCAUGGGGGAUGGCCUACACUGCCUGAAAGAACUCCUCCUGGUACCGUGCAAAGCCCUCACCCACCUCCCUCCAUCCUUCUCCAGUCUCUCAUCUCUCGAAACCCUAAGAAUCCUCCAAGCAGACAGCUUCAGUGAGCCGCUACCAGAGGGCUUUGGCUGCUUGAGAAGCCUCAAGGAGCUCUGGCUCUGCUCCAUGCCGCACUUGUCAGACUUCCCUGCGUCUCUCCCUGGCCUCGCUCUCACACUCACCAGCCUCUUGGUGGCCAACUGCCUGGAAAUAACAGAGCUACCUGAGGAGAUCGGACGGCUGCAAGCGCUCGAAGAGCUCAAGAUAUCGAAACUGUACGGCCUGGAUUCGCUCCCGCAGUUGCUGUUUGAGCUGCCCCGACUACGGGCGCUAGAGGUGUGUGCGUGCACGGGGCUCAAGGCGUUGUUUGGGGAUGAGAACAUGGGAGAACCAGAGCAGGUUUCUGGAGACGCUAGCACCAGCGGUACCCUGGUUAGCAAUAACAGCAGCGGAGGCAGAGGCAGCGGCAGUGGAAGCGGCAGGGGCAGCAGCAGCGGUGGUGCCAGUGGCAACGGCAGUGGGGGAUGCACCGGCGCUGGUAGCAGUCCCAACUGGAGCGCUGAACGCGUGCUGCUUCCAUCCCUGCAGAGUCUUGAGCUGGGGGACCUUCCUUUUGAGGCGCUUGGCCCGUCCCUGGGCCGCCUGACUUCCAUAACAAGGCUGGAGUUUUCAGACAUGAAUUCCCUGCUCUCUCUCCCGGAUUCGAUCUCUGACCUUUUGGAGCUUCAAGAACUUGUGAUUGCUCAUGCCAAGUUCCUCGAGGCCUUGCCAGACGCAAUAGGAAGGCUUUCCAGGCUUGCUUCCCUCCGGCUUGUUGGCCUUGAAAAUUUGUGUGAGCUGCCCGAGUCUUUUGGGCAGCUGAGCAUGCUCCAGUCACUGGAAAUCGAGGACUGUACGAAGCUGGCCCGGCUUCCUGUCUCAUUCCCCAACCUGCCCAAUCUGAAACUCUUAGUUGUUUCCAGCUGCCCGGGAAUCGCAUGCAUCCCGGAGGAUGUCUGGAAGCUUUCCUCCCUUCAGAGCCUGGUGCUGCUCAACCUGCAAAAUCUUCGGAGCCUGCCCAGUUCUUUUUCGCAGCUGCCCGGACUCGAAGAUCUGAAGCUGUGUUACUGUGAGCAGCUGGCGCAACUGCCAGCGUCUCUCUUGGAAAUGCCGACGCUGCGUGCGUGCAUGAUCCGUGAGUGUCCGCUGCUUUCGGAACGGAGGACGGAGGUGCGCUAUGGGAGGGGGAGUGGGGAGGAGGGAGAGGAGGGAGUGGUUGGGGUGGAAGAUGGGGAGGACGAUGAGGAGGGGGAUGAGGAGGAUGAGGAGGAUGAGGAGGAUGAUGAUGAUGAGAAUGAGGACAGUGCGGAAGAAGAUGAGGAUGAUGAGCAUGAGGAUGGUGAGGAAGGUGAUGAGGAGGAGGACAGCGAGGAAGAUGACGAUGUGGAGGAAGGGGAUGAUGACGAGGAAGGGGAAGACCAGGCGGAAGUGUUAAACGAGGAUGGGGAGGGAAACAGGGUUGCCUAGGAAGAGGAAGUGAUAGAACGAGGAGCAAUCGUGCUUGCUUGCGAAGCAGCUCGCUUCGUGGAAAGAGUGUUUGCUCUUAAUUCACAUUUCCGUGCCGAUUGUGCAGCAUUACACUAUUGCAAUACCAAGUUAUGUGUGCUCGU